AUGAAGCCCGAAGAUCGCAUGGCUCGAACACCAUUAAAGGUUUCACCAGGCCGUAGUGGUGUCCAAGGGAAUCCACCGCCUGGUGCUACCGUGCUGCAACCCAUAGUAGAGGAGAGAGUUCGCGAGAUCGUGAAGGAACGCGUCGAAAAUAGAUAUAUCGAAGUGCCUCAGGUCUAUUAUGUUGAAAAGGUGGUGGAAGUGCCACGGGAGGUCCCCGAGGAGAAGAUUGUGCGAGUCAUGAAACCAGUGAAGAGGGAAGUUAUAAAAUACGUCAAAAAACCCGUCUACAUUGACAAGAUCGUGGAAGUUCCGGAAAUAAAAUACGUGGAUAAGGUGGUUGAAGUCCCCCGGUACGCAAUCAAGGAAAAAAUCGUGGAAGUUCCAAAAGUUCUUGUCAUUGAGCGAAUUAUACCGGUCCUGAAAAGCUACAGGAAAGAGCAAGUGGUGUAUGUCGAGCCUGGACGGCAAAUACCUUUUGGAAGCCAGCAUGCGGCUUAUUCUACAGUGCAGCAAUAUGGACAGCCUCAACGAAAUUUCGGGGAACGACGGCUUCCGGAACUCGCAGGGCUUCCUCCCCUCUGGAGGCACGAAACCACAUCUCCAAGUCCUACAACAAACAAUCACGGGAACUAUGGAAGCGCCGAAAAUGCAUCCAAUAAGCUCAUAUCACGCAUAAGCGACGACGGAAUGCCCACAAACAAAGCAGCAAGCGGGCCCUCUUCCGCUCCAGGAACUCCGUACAUGGCUGCAAAUUCUGCCGAUCCGCUUCAACUGAACACUACGCCAUCCAUUAACUAG